AUGAGCUUGGAACUCUUACAGAUCCUUGUUCCAGCUGGAUUGGAUGUGAAUUACAAGGAGGAUCGAGUAGGUGGUUACGUUGCCGCAACUGCCAGUUGCAACCAGAUGGACUUGACCAGAUACCUCCUACGGCAUGGGGCAGACCCGAACCGUAACCCACUGGCGGACCUCAAUCCGGCCUUGAAUAUGGCUGUGAAAGGGAUUUGCAUGGAGAUGGCGGAGCUGCUUAUUCAAUAUGGUGCCAAGGUCAAUGGAUUAGGCGCGUUGGCAAUGGCAGCAGAAUAUGACCGGUUUGAAAUGAUGAAAUUACUGUUUCAACACGGAGCAGAUGUGAAUGAUGAUGCGAAGGAUCGGGCUGAGGAAUGCAUCGACUAUAUUGAGGGGGUUACCGCACUGCAUCAGGCAGCAAAGGUGGGACGUAUUGAUGCAGUUGUCUUUCUACUCAAUCAUGGGGCAAAUCCAGACUUGAAGGAUGAGGAUGGACGGACGCCGUUGAUGGUUGCGCAAGAAAAUGGCCACCCAGAGGUGAUAGAGUUAUCCAAAAAAAUUGCAACAGUAAUGUGA